CUAAAGCUGAUAAAUUACAAGGGAACAGGUUUCCACGGCGUACCACUCAUUUCCUGCUGCAAGUUUGCCUCUGUUACCCCGGCCCUUUUGAGCUGCUUCCAUUAGGCUACAGACAUGUAUGCAUGUGCAAAGUUUGUCACCUCACCUGCUGUGCUCCGCGGGGGGUCCAGGGUUUUGGCCCGGCCUGUUUCGGUGUCUGUGUUCAGUAGACCUGAAGCAAGAAGUGAACAGGCAGCCCUGUUGCCAGUCAGUCAAUCGUCCCAUCUUAAUGUAACCCGGGCAUUCCAGACCAGCUCUGUAUCCAGAGAUAUUGACACUGCAGCCAAGUUCAUUGGUGCUGGUGCAGCCACAGUGGGUGUGGCCGGAUCAGGAGCUGGAAUCGGGACUGUGUUCGGCAGCCUCAUUAUUGGCUAUGCCAGGAACCCCUCCCUGAAACAGCAGCUCUUCUCUUACGCCAUUUUGGGCUUUGCUUUGUCGGAGGCCAUGGGCCUGUUCUGUCUAAUGGUGGCGUUCCUCAUCCUGUUCGCCAUGUAAUUUUGACAUCUGUUGUUCUCCCACACGGUGUCAACUCCCUUGAUCUGGAGAUCAGAACUCUAGCAUGCAGCUUAGGCCAUGACAUCGCCAUUUCAACAAACUCCAUUUUUAUGUUCCUCAGUACCAUUUUUCUCUUUCCGAAAGUAGUAUGUAAGAACUUGCUCCAUGUGAGACCAUCUGAAUAAAUGGUUGAAAUCU